GGAUGCUGUUGUUAGCUUCAGCGGUGGAUGAGAGAAAAUGAAGUAGUCUCACACACACGGCUCUUAUAAAAGUUAUGGGAGGAUUUGCACCUGCGGUCAAAAUGGCGAGAGACAGGAAGUGCAUCCUCUGUGAAACGGUUCACGUGUCCAAGCAGGAGAUGGAUGAGCACAUGAGAAGUAUGUUGCACCACCGUGAGCUGGAGAAGCUCAAAGGCCGGGACUGCGGACACGAGUGCAGAGUGUGCAAGGUAACCGUGGUGAGCCUGACCGAUUAUGCCAGCCACAUUUCCAGUCCCACGCACAAGCAGAAUGUGGAGGCUGCGGAACAAAAGCCCGCUGGGAUCGACCGCGAUGAGGACUACUUCGACCAGGCUUUGGUGGGGCUGAUCGAGAGGAGAAAAGAACAGAUCCGGAAAGAGAAGGAGGCUGCUGCUGCAAAACGUGCACAAGAAGAAGAGGAGCGAAAGAAAAAGGAGCAGUUUCAGAUCAGGCUGAAUGAAGCUAAAGAGCGUUUCCGGCUCCAAAAUGGCUGGCAACAGCCAUCAGAGGCGUGCAAUGGAUCCAAUCAGCACAACUCUUGGUACAGGAAUAACCGGUAUAACGCCAGAGCAGGGGAUGCACGACCCUGGCACAGCAGUAAACAGGGAAAAAGUGCCACCUGGCAUGCUCAGGAGCCUCCUAACUUUCAGAGGUGGGCGUCGGGAGAGUUGCAGGGUGGGAGCUUGCACAGCCAGGAAGCUUUGGGCAAUAAGCAAUGGUAUCAGGGCGCAUUUCCUGGCAGUCAGCAAAGUCGGCUGCCCUGGCUCAGCAACGCAGGCAGCAGUAAUGGGAUCUAUGGCAGAAACAAUAUUUCUCAGUACCCACAAAGGAACCGGCCUGUGAGCUUGCUGGGACCACCUCCCAUGUAUCCACCUCCACCAAGUUUUUUUACCAAUACAGUUAAACACUUGCAAAAUACAGGCAGUGAACAGGGAGAUCAGCAGGGCGAUAAGCUUCAUAAAGGGGAGGAACAAAAUGCAGAAGGUAAUCACAACAGCACUAAGAGCUCAAAGAGCUUUGGUAGCAACCCAAAGCUGGACAAAGUCUGUCGCUGGUCACCCUAUCCAGUCACGAAGGGUUUUGAUUCUGUACUCCACAAAGACACCCACUCAAACUCUUCAGAGAAGUAUCCCAAAGUUUCCAAACCCCAGAAGCAGGAAAAAGCGCCAGAAACCAGUGCCUUUAUCAGGCGUUCCCGACCUGAACAGAAACCAGGACAAUUGACCUCUAGUGGACAAAGUGUGGAAGAGAAAGGGAAGCUUAAAAAGAGCCCCAAAAACAAGCCCAGAGACAGGAGUAGCAGCGGCAGUAGAAGCAGCAGCAGCACUCUGAAAGACGGUCAAAAGAACUCUUCAUCUGGUUCCUCCAGUCAUAAGGCAAAUAAACCAUCGCUGCAUGAAGAUAAGAAGCUUCCCUCAGUUCCUAGUCUCAACAGUGGAGCUCAACACAGUAAGACCUCCAGUCCGGUGCAUCCACAAUCAAAGUCAUCCACAAAGCACAGUGCAAUCAGGGCCCCUUCUAUUGGGCCGCUGCAGUCAAGGCAAGAACGGCAGCUCCCAGAAACGUUGAAGAAAGCCAGAGAGAUCGUUCUGGAAAAGAGGGGCUCUUUGGAUAGCUCCAUUAACAACAAGCUGGAAAUGACUCGGCAGGCUGUGGAGGAGCAGCUGAGGGAUCAUGCACAGAGUCAGGUCGGGGUUAACAAAGAGAACAGCUGCAGGCAGAAUGCAGCUAAACCAACGUUACUUGACUCAAUCAGGCCCUCCCCUCACGGAGAAGAGAAAGAAAAGCUCGCAUUGUCAUCUCCUUCGGACAGCAGCCAGUUUCUCCAGUCGCUGCAAGUCAGCACCUCCACCACAGAGAGCACAGAGCAUGCAACCUCCAGCAGGGAGGACGAGGAGAACAGGAAGAACGCGGAGAAGGAAGCUUGCUCAGAGGCUCCGGGAGAGGCCAUGCAGGCUGUUGAAGCAGGGCACGGUUCAGAGAGUGACGCCUCCAGAAGUGACGAAGCACAAACCGUCUCGGGGUCAAACGCAUCAAGUCUAUCCAAACUCGAUCUACCCCCUGUGUUGAAACGAGACCUGACCAAACACAUCAGCUCCAAGAGCAAAGCAGGUGGCCACGAGCCCAAUCUCAACAUUGCUAGACGAGUCCGUAACGUGAGCGAGUCUCGGAGAAGUGACACCGAGAAGGAUUCGGGGCUCAAACCAACUGUACGGCAGCUAAUCAGCUCCUCUGGAUCUCGACGCAAUGUGAACUGGGAACAGGUCUACCAGGAGGUCAGGAAGAAGCAAGACAAAGGAAAAGGCAUGCCAAGGUUUGGGAUAGAGAUGGUGCCAUACGAUCAGGAGGACCAGAGCCAGGAGGAAGAUGACAUUCCUCUGCUGGAGGGUUUCCAGUGGGAGUCACUCAUGGACAUUUCCGGCCAGGCCGCCUCCCGCAAACGCUCCUUAUCAGAGAGCAGCCUCGCUCCUGCAUCCGCUCACGCCUUGUUUCCAUCCCACCUGUCAAAGGAGACGGCACAAAGAGAAAGCCUCAGCUCAGAGCAACAGGGAUCCUUAAUGUCUCCCAAAUCCUUAUUCACCCAAGAGAAAAACAGUCAGCAAGAGAUGGAGCAGAUGCUUGGUCACUAUGUGGCCAAAGCGCAGAUGCAACCAGAAAAAUUAACGUCAGGGGCGGUGAAGGCUCUCCAGAGGUCUGACUCAGUGCUCGGGGACAGCAGUUCGGGGACCGAGCAGUUGGACGGUCAGGGAACAGGGAAGAGGCGAAGAGCAGCUGCAGAUGUCCCAAGCCCCGAGACGUCUUGCUUGGAACACAAUAACAAAAGAAGGAAAAUCAAAUCCAAAAGAGAGCGUUUUCAUAUUGAUCAGCUGCUGGCUGUGUCUCUGCGGGAGGAUGAGCUGAGUCGCUCCCUGCAGAGUGUGGACACCAACCUGAUCCAAGCCCGGGCUGCACUGGAGGCAGCCUACAUAGAGGUGCAGCGACUCAUGGUGGUAAAACAGCAGAUGACUACAGAGAUGAGCACACUAAGAAACAAACGCAUCGACUUAUUGAAAGGGAUGCAAGGUAAUUUAGAAGUAGCACCUCUGGUCAAACUAAAAGAAGAAAAGAUGGACGCAGUGGAAGCAGAGUCAUACAUGCCCACCUCUGUUUCGGACACUGCUGCUGGCCUCAGUCCCACUCAGACUGCCCAGCGUGCCUCCCCUCCCUCCUCCAGCCUUCCCUUCACGCCUAUAGUAAUCAAGCAGGAGCCCCAGUCUCCUGUCCAUGUCAGCUCAGAGCUGGACCCCGUAGAAAACACGACCUACUGUGCUCACAGCACCACCCCAGAGCUGCACGUCGCUCCUGUUGCAGCGUCUCCACCAGGUAACGUCAUGCAAUACACAGAUUGAGUUUAUUAAAGCUCCUUUUGCCAACCACUUGAGAGCUUGUCAGGACUGGCUGAGACAACUGAAAAAGCCAUACAGGCAACACCGAACUGUCUCGGCACUUUGCCAGACUGCAAAAGCUCCAUAAAGCUUAUCUCAGUCAGCAGGAGGAGCUCUGAGGUGGGAAGUGUUGCCGAGUGUUCAACCACACAGUCCUUUGAAAGCCCCUCGGUGCCUUCAGUCCUGAACAUGCCGGCCUCUCCCUCCGAAUUGAGGAGCGGAAAGCGAGUAAGGAAGCUAAAGAAGAGGAAGGUGUUGAAGAAAGCUCAAGGGACGGAGCAGCCUGAAAGCAGUGACACCGAGGUGGACACGGAGGCUUCCCGGCCGAGAUGGCUUCGACCGCGCAGGAGACCCAGUGGUGGCUCUCAGGUCAGUACCUCCACUUUGUCUAGAGAGUGUGCUAUGACCAUGGAGGGGGGGAAGAGGUCUCUAUACACAGAGUCUCUCAAACAGAUGGUGCUUCCUCAGGUGGCCCCUGCUGAGCUGACGCCGACCUUAGAUUCGGAGGACAGCAUGGAGGUCACUGCAGCCUGUCAGCAGCCCCACGUCCAGGUCCCAGACUCCUCCAGACCGGAGCCACCGAGCCUGGCCUGCAAUGAAGUCACUUCCACCAGUGACAUGGAAUUGUGUAAAUCCUCUGAGAGUGAAGCACCACUGCCAAAGAUAUCAAAGGGCUCAUCAGAUGCAUCUUCUGACCACGGUGAGGAUGAUAUUCCCACUGAGGGAGCAUUUGAUGGCCACCAGGAGGCGGUGAACGCCAUGCAGAUCCACAAUGGACUGCUGUACACGUGCUCAGGAGACCGCACCGUCAAAGCCUUCGACCUGGUGAGCCAUAAAUGUGUAGGUGUGUAUGAGGGCCACAGCUCUAAAGUGAACUGCUUGUUUGUGUCCGCUGCUCCCUCCCUGCAUCACCGCCUUUACUCUGGCUCCAGUGACCAGACCAUCCGCUGCUACAGUCUAAAGACAGGAGAACUCGAGCAGCAGUUCUCUCUCUCAGACCGAGUCAUCUGCCUCCACAGCCGCUGGAAGAUUUUAUACGCUGGUUUGGCUAACGGCACCGUAGUGACCUUUAAUCUUAAGACAAACAAGCAGAUGGAAGUGUUCGAGUGUCACGGGCCGCGGGCCGUGAGCUGUCUGGCCUCGUCACAGGAGGGAGCCCGGAGGAUCCUGCUGGUCGGCUCCUAUGACAGCACCAUCAGCGUGAGAGACGCCAAGAACGGACUCCUGCUGCGAACACUGGAGGGACACACCAAGACUGUGCUCUGCAUGAAGGUGGUCAAUGAUUUGGUGUUUAGUGGCUCCAGUGAUCAAUGCGUCCAUGCACACAACAUCCAUACAGGAGAGCUGGUGCGGGUCUAUAAGGGCCACAGUCAUGCUGUCACUGUGGUGGCCAUCCUGGGGAAGGUGAUGGUGACCGCCUGCCUCGACAAGCUGGUCCGAGUCUUCGAUCUGCAGUCCCAUGAGCAGCUGCAGGUCUACGGAGGACACAAGGACAUGGUGAUGUGUUUGGCCAUUCACAAGAAUAUGAUCUACACAGGCUGUUACGAUGGCAGCGUGCAGGCCGUCAAGCUCAACCUGAUGCAGAACUACCGCUGCUGGUGGAACGGCUGUUCGUUGGUGUUCGGGUUGAUGGAGCAUCUGCAUCAGCACCUGAUGAGCGACCACACCUGUCCCAACCUCCAGACGCUCAAGUGCCGCUGGAAAAACUGUGAAGUGUUUUUCUGCGCACGCAACAUCUCCAAGCAGGGGAUGGUCGUGCACAUGCAGAAACACGCUGAGGAGACUGAACUGGAGCCUUAAGGCCGGCGGGAACAUUGUUUCCCCACCGAGCUCUUCCCUCCCUUUCUUGUUAACUUUACUCCCCCCACCACCCCCCCGCCUUGUUAACCUCCCAUAUUGGGGGGGAAUCUUUUUGGGACCCACUUAUAACUUACCAGUGCUCCCGUCGAGCCUGACGAGUGGCGUCUUGACGACUCCAUCCUUUAUGUUCGGUGUUGGAAUCCAACCAUAAUACAAUCAUGAGAGGAGGGUUGGUUGUGCUGUUGUCGUUGUUGUUGUGUUUCUUUUCUUUUCUUUUUUUUUUACGUUCUACAAAACACGACUCCCUCUCUUUCUGUCUGACCAUGAACACUGCAGUUCCUCUUUUCACUGACCAAAAAUAAGACAAAGAUAAACGUGACUCAUGUUUAUUCAAAGAAACUUCAGUGUGUUGCCGGGAUCAGAGGAGAACGUUAUGCUUUCUGUUGAAUCUGCAAGUACAAAAAAAACCCCAAAAAAAACCCCAAUAGUGAUUUUUACAGGUUGGUUGGCUACAAUAUGGCAUGGGUUAAGAGAUGUUUUAUUGUUGUUGUGCAGUUGUGACGUGUCUUGUUGAGCAACCUAUAGUUAUUUUUUCCGUUUUUUCUUUUUUUUUUUAAGUUGACUUAAACUUUGGUUUUUGUUUGGAAAUCAUGGCGUCGUCUCAGAGGCUGAGAUUAGAGUCAGAAAUCGUGAUAAAUGUCAACAAAGAGAUUCAUUGUAGUGAGAUUAAUCUUUUUUUUUUGGUUUGGUUUUUAUUUUCAGUCAAAUUUCUUUGUUUUGUUUGUGGUUUAGGAUUACAUUUCUUCUCUUUUUUUUUUUCCUUUUUUCUUCUUUUUUUUUUGUUGCUCAUUUGAGAUAAAGUUGUUGAGGGACUGUGGUGCAGUGUCGUUUUGUGACUUGGCCAUUUGACAGUUAACAUUUGCAGUGAUAACAGAACCAAGACGUGAUGGUGUGUGUGUGUGUUUGUGUGUGUGUUCAUACACGUGAACAUGUUUAAUCUGUGUGAGGUUUUUUUUUUACUUCCCCAAUUGUCCAAAGAGGGAGAGUAAGAAACCCCCCUACCCCACCCCUGUUUUCCAUGAGUGAGUGUGAAGUACAGUUUUUAUAACAUAAUGUCCUCUUUGGAUGUUUUUUUUUUUUUUUUUUGGAGUUUAUUUUGGAGCAUCGAGCAGAAAGCGCUGGACUUCUAUUUUCCAUAGUGAGGAUAGUUUUCUAAUGAAAAGCCAUUUGUGUGUGGAGGUGAAGGAUGUUUAGAGGAGGUGUUCGAUGGAAGAGUUUGAAGGAAAGAAUUAGGAUUAAUCUCCCAUGCCAUACCUCACCCCCCUUCCCUUUCUGAAAACAGGCACAAAGCCACCUUUUUUUUUGUUUUUUGUAAAGGAAUAAUCAAACAAUUUUAACCAGUGCGAUAGCCCAGCUGAUGCUUUCUUUGGCGUUUUUGGUGUGGUUAUGACUCCGGGUUGUUUUGUCCUCUUGAGGAUUUUAUUCUCAGCACGAGUUAACCCGACGUUCUCACAGUCAACAUUUUCUAAAACCGCCUCACCAGCUUGUGUUUUUUUUUUUUUUUUAAGUUAGAGGAAAGCAUGCGGUUCACCUCUUCCCUGGCAUUCCUGAGUUUCUUUUACCUUUUUUUUUUUUUUUUAGUUGUUAUAUCAAAGUUGUGAACAGAUAUUUUUUAAGAAAGUGCAAUCUAAGAAAUUUAAUAAUAAUAAUAAAAAAAAAAAUGUUGCAACAUAAAAA